ACUAAAUUUUCUAUUUUUAUAUUCUCUCUCUAAUUUUCUUGAAAUAAUAAUGGGAGAUUUUUCUUUUUCUCUCUGCAAAUCCGAUCGUUCGCUGUUGCACCCGAACCCUAAACCUAACCUCUCUGGAAUGAAGCAAAGGUUGGACGCUUGGCCAUUUUGAAUAGUUGAAUCUUCGACAAAAAGGUCCACGCUUAGUUUUCUCACGAUCGGUGCUUUGUUGUAGAUGUUAUACACUGCAAAAGAAGAGUUUGACACUUUGAUCGAGGAGUUGAAACGAAAUCGAAGAAUAUCAGAGUUGAGUAGAAAUGUCAUCAUCUAAUUCUCCUUGCGCGGCGUGCAAGCUUCUCAGACGGAAAUGUACGCAAGAGUGUGUAUUCGCACCCUAUUUCCCACCAGAUCAGCCUCAAAAAUUCGCUAAUGUCCACAAGGUCUUCGGUGCAAGCAAUGUUUCAAAGCUACUCAACGAACUAAAUGCCGCCCAUCGAGAAGAUGCCGUGAAUUCCCUAGCUUAUGAAGCGGAGGCUCGUCUUCGUGAUCCCGUCUAUGGCUGCGUCGGUCUGAUUUCAAUUCUUCAACAAAGACUCAAGCAAGUUCAGAAUGACCUUUUCACUGCCAAAAAGGAACUAUCUGCAUAUAUUGGUCCCUCAGCGAUGCUACCUAUUCCUCAACCUGCCGGCUGUUUGCCACAACAACACAUGAGUAAUCCUUGCUCAUCGUCUCAGAUUCCUUAUAAUACGCCUCCAAUGUUGGGUCUUCCCACCGGUCCAACACAUGGUAGGCAAUUGGUAAUACGUGAGCCGCACCAAACGCAGCAGUAUCAGCAUCAGCAGCAGAUCCUUGAGGCUCAGCAAAUAGCGGAAGCUGUGGCAGCAAGAGAGCAACAAGAGAUGUUGAGGACUUAUGAGCAGCAGCAGCAGCAACAACAACAACAACUGCUUGUUAGGUUCAACAGUGGGUUUGACGCAGGUGGUACGGUUGGUGCAAGUAGUUUCAACCAGAUGACUGCUGCAAUUUCACCAUCCCUGGCUUUGGGUCCAUUUGAUAAUUCUUAUCAGCUUGAAGAACAGCAACAAGAGCUUCAUAGGCCCCAGAUGCUGCUUUCAACCCAAACACAACCUCAACAACAGCAACCACAGUUACCUCAACAGCAACAACAAGGAUUUGGAAGCAAGGAGGGUGGGAGCGGGGGCCUAUCUUUUUGAAGUCUUGCAGCUCAAUCUUUCAACGAUUUUUCCUUCUUAGCUAUUGUUGCUUGGAAUUGGGAGUGAAGACAGGAAGAGAAAUCAAAGAAAAGUCUGUCAAGUUUGUUUUGCACAAACCAAUGGACAAAAUGGGGCUUUGAUUUCUUAUCAACUGGAGGGUUGCAAAUAGUUGCAUGCAAAGUUCUGUUAUCUAGGCUUUGAAAACACCAAAGGCUUAGAUGGAAUGUGGGAGUUAAGUCACUGUUGGUUUUGGUGUUUGAAGGAGGCUAUUUCUUUGGUGAAACAUUUAGGACACCACCUCAAUGCAGAACGGGGCUUACAAGAUUUGCUGUGAGCCACUAGGUCAUUUAUUGUCCAUCAGUAGAAGCUGUUGCAUGGGGAAGGGUGGUGAAAAGCUGUAAGUUUUUUAACUUUUUAUCUUCUUUUCCAAGGUGUACUCACUACUCACCAUUAGUUUUAAACCUCGACAUUAAUCGACCAUUGAUGGUUAUGAUAUAGCAAGUCGGUAUUUCACAUUGGGAUAUCAACCACUUUGAUUUUUAUUGAAGUUUUGUGUACAUGUAGACUGCACAACGCUACAAAUUAUACUGAUUUUUGUACCGACAUUAAGCAGAAAAUGAGGGAACAAAAGGAAGGAGAUGAUUUUUGAAAGUCAUCAUGUAGUGGGUGGGCCACAACCUCUACCAUUUGUUGAUAAUGAUCUUCUUUCUGAGUCUUCUAAGAACAGACAUGUUUGACUGAUGAACUGGUUCAU